AUGGCAGCUUCCAUAGCUCCCGAAUGCAAUGACCUGAAAGAAAAGUAUGAUACUUGUUUUCUGAAGUGGUACAGCGAAAAAUACCUGCGUGGCAAAACCUCAUCAAAUGAAUGCGAAGAACUAUUCUCAAAGUACAGGUCUUGUCUACAUAAAGCAUUGAAAGAAAAAGGCAUCGACACCAUGGUUGAAGAGGCGAGAAAAAGUACAGCCUCGGAGAGCGAUGUUGACUAUCUCCGGAAAUCGUGA